AACUGUAUUGACACAAAUUCAUUCAGGACCUCCAGUAAAUAGUUUGAAGGUGUGUGUUCACACACAGAUAUAAAUCUGUCUCCAGGGCCCCACAUCCUUCCACUGUUGCUGGCGGCUCUUAUUUUGAAAAAUACAACGACCGGAAGUCUUAUUGUUUUUUAGAUAUUUUACCAUUUUAAUAUAAACCCUUUUAAUGUGUUAAAUCCUGUUUGUGAAACAUCAGCAGAUGUGUCCGCUGUCGGUUUCAUUUGAAGACACUAAAUGACGUCACAGACUCUUAUCUGUGCGGCUCCGUUGCUAGGAGACUCCCACCCCGCCCUCGCGCUGAUGACGUUCUUCCCUAACAACCAGUAAACGCUCUCUUAGCAACCGGUCCGUUAAACAUCAGGUAAAAACAACCAUCAGAUUCACAGCUGUCAGACCCCAGUCCUCCUCCUCCUCCUCCUCCUCCUCCUCCUGAUGGAUGAGACAGUGAAGCCUCUGAGAGUUCCUCCUCAGAUCUCCGUCUAUGCCGACAAACACAACAUCUUCCACCUGGUGCAGAGCAUGCUGACCCGCCUGCUGAUCGAUCAGCCUGAAGAUCCGAUCAGUUACCUGAUCAGUGUCCUGCAGAGGAGCAGUGUGGACGUCCCCAGGGUGCUGCUGCUCGGUCCUCCCUCUGUGGGGAAACACACCAUGGCCAGACGGCUGAGUGCUGAGCUGAGAGCUGUCCAUGUGACCAGAGACACUUUACUGCAGGACCAAUCAGAGCUGAGUGUACAGGCACGCCAACACACACUCACAGAGCAGGAGCUUCCUGCCAAGCUGCUGGUCACACUGGUUCAACGGAGACUGAGUGAGAUCGACUGCUUCAACAGGGGCUGGGUGUUGGAGGGAAUCCCUCAGACUCGUCUGCAGGCUCUGAGUCUGCAGCAGGCCGGAGUCCUCCCUGAACAUGUUGUACUGUUGGCAGCUCCUGAUGACGUGUUGUUGGAGAGGAGUCGGGGGAAACUUGUCGACCCUCUGACAGGAGAUGUUUACCAUCAGACCUUCAUCUGGCCGGACGACGACACGGUCGCUCAGCGUCUGGAGGAGGGACACCAUCCAUCAGAGACGCAGCUAUUGGCUGAGCUGCAGCAUUACCGCUGUGAGGUCACAGGUCUGAGCUCUGCCUAUCAGCACGUCCUGAAGAUCAUCAACGCCGACCAACCACACGCUGACGUCUACCAACAAGUGCUGGCUUUUGUUCGGACUCGUCGUCGUUCCAGAACUCCCAGAAUCCUCCUGCUGGGUCCGCCGGGGUCGGGGAAGAGUCAUCAGGCCAAACUGCUGUCAGCGAAAUACAAGAUGGUGGAUGUGUGCUGUGGUCAGCUGUUGAGGUCUGUAGCAGCUGCUGGUUCAACUCUGGGAGAAGAGAUCCAACCAUACCUGGAUGAUGGGAGACCAGUCCCAGACUCCCUGGUGCUUCAGGUUCUGGAGGAACGUCUGAGCCGACUGGACUGCAGCUGCAGAGGAUGGAUCCUUCAUGGCUUCCCCCAAGACCUGCAGCAGGCCCGGAUCCUGCAGGAGUCCCAGCACCAGCCCAACAGGUUCUGUUACUG